AUGCCAAUAGUGCCAUUUCGCAAGCGCUCCUCUAGAGAUCCGUCCUCCAUUUCGAGAACACGAAAGUUCCUCUCGUUAUUCUCCCGAAAACAUGGCGGCAGACGAAAAGACCUCUUGGCCGAAGAGCAGGCAGCUAUCACCUGUGCUCAGGGUUGCCAAACUGCGCAUCUCAAUCCCUUGAUAGCAAACGGGAAGGUGGGAGAAGACGAAUCACGAUCAAGAUCAGAACCCGACCUUCCCUCUACCAUCGAAGAUGGUCCCCAGCAUAUCAUUUCUGAGCCAGCUCCAGUACCGAGUCCUGGUAACGCGGACAGAUGUUAUUGUCGUCAUGGCCUACAGAUACUAGAUUCCUCUUCUCGAUCUAGCAAUCAACUUCCUCUUUGUGUCGGCUGUGGAAAGUGCCAGCACUGCGCCAGCCUAAGCCUCGAAGGAACCUAUCCACGAUGCGGAAUCUGCUGUGCGAAAUCUCGCCUUGUGGAACUCCCCACUGAACUUCUAAUGCAGAUCAUCCGAUACCUGGACUUCCCAGCCAGUUGGCUUCUCAAGCUGACCAACGCUGCGAUCAAUGUCUCAAGUAUCACUCGUCCUCUCCCAAACUUCAGUACACAUGGAUCCAACCGAGCGGUGACGAAGUGCAAUUCUGUUUGCGUCACUAUGAGCAGACAGCCAUCCCACCCGUCGCACCCGGUCUUGACAUCGGGGCCGCUCACUAUAUCUGCCUCCACUGCCGCUAUGUCCGCAUCAACUCCUGUUGCUCAGAGUGCGGCAAAUGCGAGUCCUGCGGGGACUGCAUGUUCAAUUAUCACCACGGUCACGCUACCAUCAUUUGCGUUCCAUGCUAUGGUUGCUGCACCCGAUGUCAGCAUGUACACCCUCCCCGUCAGGCCUGCAGAGGAUGUGGCAUUUGCAAUAAAUGCGCGAGCUGCUUAG